AUGGCAGUGUCAGGGUAUUCUUCGAUGAAUUCUGGGAGGAAUUUGAACGGAUUUAUGACUAUUCUGUCAUCUGCUGCUUGUGAGUGGUUUUUAAUGUUUCUGAUCUUGGUUUAUGGGGGAUUUUCGCACUUGCUGACAAAAUUUGCGUGGUAUUGUGAGUUGGAAACUCCUUGUUUGUUAUGCUCAAGGCUUGAUCAUGUAUUUGGGGAAGGACCUGGAUACUACCGGAUUCUACUAUGCACUAAUCACAGAGAGGAAAUUUCAUCGACUAUAUAUUGUCAGAUUCAUGAUAAGCUUUGUGAUCUUGGAGAGAUGUGUGAAGAAUGCUUCACGUCAACUGCAAUGCAGAACAGGCUUAGCUCAGGAUCGUACAAGAUAAUGAUGGGGAGAUCAGGGAUUGAUUUUGAGCGUGGUGGUUUCCAGAGUCCUUAUAUUAGAAAUAAUUUUCUACCUCUAGCAAGGGAAUGUGUGUGUUGCAAUAAGCCACUGAAAACUAAAACAAAGGCUCAGAGAUUGCUCCAGAAGACUCCAGUUGGGCUUGGUGCUUCUAGAGCUAAUGUUCGGCCUCCUCUGCCUCGUAUGCCUGGGCGUAGCCGCUUGAGCUACCGGGAUAACUUGAAAAAGAUUAGGGAAAAUAUGUCAGACUCAGCUACAUCUCCUCGUAGCAGGACUGCUGAGAAGAUGAUGUCGUAUGCAGGUUAUGCUGAACUAAAAUUCAAUUCUAAUCCUAAUUCUGAGUCAGAGUCAGACUUCCCAUAUUCUGAUGACGAUGAUGGAAGUUCUACCAGCCAAUAUAAAUUUGAACCCAGCGAUUCUUUUUUUGCUCAGUUGAGCUCAGAUUAUCAUGCCAGAAAAGCCAAGCCUUCAUCUACACCGCCACCAGAGCUAACUUUUCCAGAUGAUGUUACUUCAUCAUCCAACAUCGUCAAAGGUCCUAGGGGUGAAUCAGCGGAGACUUUAAAAUCUUCUCUCUCUCGGAUAUCUAGUAUGAAUAGAUUAUCUGAUCAUAUGUUGCCAAAGGUUGUCCCUCCCAAGUCCAAUGCAGCUGAAACCCCUCUUGAAGUUUCACCAGAUAAAGCAUCAACAAUGAUUGCAACUCAAGCAGAUUUGAUAAAAGAAACUGCUUCAUCGAACGAUGCAGAUAUUAGUGAUCUCAGUAAGACAGGUGUAACUAAUAAAGGAAGAGAUGUACCAAGUCCGCUGCCUGCACAAGAAGCAAAUAGUGAUUCUGUCAAAGUUGAUAACACAGAAAAUUUGCAGCCACCAGUAAGUAAUUCUUCUAGCCCAGAAGGGAUUCGGGUUAUUAAGAAAUCUGCUUCAAUAGAUAAAUUUGAUUCUGAUUAUGAAUCUGUUGACAUUAGUAUUGUCCCUGAAAUUCAAGGUGAAGAUAUUGUAGAUCGGUUAAAGCGACAAAUUGACUAUGACAAAAAAAUACUCAGUUCUUUGCACAAGGAACUGGAGGAGGAAAGAAAUGCAUCUGAAAUAUCUGCAAGUCAGGCAAUGGCUAUGAUCACAAAGUUGCAAGAGGAGAAGUCAGAACUGCGGAUGGAAUCUGCGCAGCGCUUGAGAAUUAUGGAGGAACAGGCAGAAUACGAUAUGGAAGCUCUGAAUAAGGCUGAUGAACUACUCGUUGAAAAGGAGAUGUUGAUACUAGAACUGGAAACAGAACUAGAAUAUUACAGGAAUAACAUGGAUGAAUCUAUAUUGGGGAAUCAGACUGGUGAAACCUCCAAACGAAAAGAGGGAAACAAGAAACUUUUAAAUUAUGAAGUACCAGAGAUUGAUGCUGAUGCUAAUUCCCCUUCUGAAUCAAGAUCUGUCCAAACAUAUGAAGGGGGUGACAAAUUUACCUAUGAUAUGUCUUCUUUCUUUGAUUUUGUGGAUGAAAAGAAAUAUAUUACGCAAUGUUUAAAAAAUCUAGAGAGAAAGCUUCACCAACUUUCUGCUAAUGCGGCAUCCAGUGGCACCCUUAAUGGCAUGCAUUCUGCACAUAUUACAGAUGCAAAAGAAAGCACAGAUGAAAAGGAAAGGGUAGAGGGAAAUUUUACUGAUAGAGAGGCUAAAGCUGACCGCCAGGAUGAAAACAUUGGCAUUGAUGCAACUAGAACGCAUGGAAACCCUUCUACUCAUGAUGAGAAUACUCCUUCAGUUGAGGACAGACAUCAUAUUAGUGAAGAAAGCCAUUCUGAUCAUCAAAAAAGAGUGGAACACGGUGAACAAAUUGAUUUGGGUACUCUUGAACAUGAAAUUUCGGACCUUAAUGAAAGGUUAGAAGCGCUUGAGGUAGACCAUGAAAUCCUUGAGCAUAGUGUUAACAGUCUUCGAGGUGGAAAAGAGGGAGUCCAAUUCCUUCAAGAGAUAGCUGGCCAGCUCCAGGAAUUGAGAAAAGUCGAGUUUGGAGAAAAAUGA